CCCGGAAGUGGGAGGAUUGUGAAAUGUGUGAUCCUGUGAUCAUGUAUACAACGUGUACAAUGGUGUGGCAUGCUGUCAUCGACGAGUGUACCCUGGGGUGACACUAUCGUACACAGUCUAGAUGACACUGUUUUUCGACAAGUUACAGUGUUCCUGACAAAAGAUAAAACUUUAUAGGAAUGCGUCCUAUGGAACUGUGAGGACUUACUGCUGCUUAGGAUUCAACCGGAGCUGGGAGUCUCGAUAGACGGUGAUGUUCCAUCCAAGAACAGAAGACGGAUCUCUGUGUAAAUAUAGAUUCAUUUCGUCCGGAUUCUUCGAUGGUCUUUGCAACUGCCUGUCGUUAAGGCAGCAUCAGGUGGGCUGGAGCUGAAUCUCCUCCACAAAUAAAUCUCUCGGUAUAGCCGACGGAACAGAUUGAGCCCAUCUUUCACUGAUACCCGAGUCACAACUGUCCUGUUCGUGAAGCAGGCUGAUAUAUUACCUAUUUGUAUAUAUAACUUUGGGUUCAUGGUUUGGAUCCAUCUUUCUCUGAUAUCCGAGUCAUAACUCUCCUGUUCAUCAAGGAAGCUGAUAUUAUACCUAUUUGUUUGUAUACCUUUUAAAGUUUUUAUGAAUUGGUCAGAGUUCUUCCAUGGCACAUCCAUCACAAGACCCUGAGGACCCCCCAGUCUGUGCAGGAACUAGACGUCAUCCACCAGUUAAUCUCCAGGAACUACCCACGGAGCUGCUGGAAUCCAUCUUCCUCUAUCUGACACCUGAAACUAUUCUGUCCUGCUCUCGAGCUGCAGUCCGCUUCACUCAAGUCAUCAACUCAGCUAGCUUUUUGGACUUGUAUUGCAAGAACACACUUCAAGCCCCAUGGGUCACAUCAGACAUUGUUCUGCAGACAAAGGAGGUGUUCCACAAGGUUCUUCAGAUGUGGUAUUUACAGAACAGUACUCUGUGUCACCCGAAUGUGAUUGUCAAGAGCUGCAACAAGCUUCUUUCUAUAGGACUCCUCAAAUAUGCAAUACGAAUGUGGCUGUUUUCGAAUUUGACGAUCUCGUAUAACAAGCCCAUGUUGUUGACCACAAAUCAGUCUUUCAGAUAGUUGACAUAUACGAUGACGAUGCUAAGGCUCUAUUCAUCAAGUUAGCAGUGCUCUUUCCAAGGUUCAUUGAAAUGACAUUGUUUAACGUGAGGACUGCAUCAUUUGAUGUAGGAAAUCCCUACAUUUUAGAUUUUAUAAUGUUCAAGGACAAUGUCCUUGAACCGGGUUAUCUGAAUGAUUUUGAUUGUAAAUAUCACUUUGAGAUUGUGGCUAGAUAUCCGACAGAAGAUUGCAGCUGGCACCGUCCAUCUUUAGUCAUCCUUGUGGGUAAGGAUUCUUGGAUAGGUUGGUGCGGUAGUGUUAGUAAGAUCGUAUACAGAUAUAAUGGUACUUGGGGAAGAUGCAAGUUAUCACUGAAUGCAUCAAUCAUUGACACCCAAAAGGCUUUCAGGGACACCUUUACGCGGUUUGUCGAAAUUCCUGAGAAUGUUGACCUGUGUCAUUAUUUGUACGAUUGCUUCAAUUACAAUGUCAGUCAUACUCUGAAUGCAUUACUGGAACCUGUUGCUCUGGAUGUACCACUAUGGGAGAGACAAAGCUCACUAAUGGAGGACCUUGCACGGAAGGUUGAAAAGAAACUUGAGAGUCUGAAACUUCCCAAAGAUAGGGCGAUCUUAUUACAAGACUACUUGGAUUGCUGUUUGCAACAGAAGGGUGUCUCAGGACACAGCACGGAACGAAAACCAUCAAAGACUUGCUACGUGGCUAUAUUACGUUAUCUUCACAGGAUCCUGAAUAAUGUAUUCUACCCAGAAUGUAUGUGGUACCUUUCUAAUGUUCAGUGUUGUAGAUACCUGGCUUUGACGAGGAUGGGAGACAGGCUGCUCCCCAACAUCAGAAAGACACCUGCUGAUACAGCAGCUGAUGUUAUUGAGGAUUACUAUGAAAGUUUUUCUGUGCAUCACCUUCCCCCCAAGUUGUGGCCGACUCAUCUUCUUAGUCAUGCCAUACUAGCAGCCCCUGUAUGUGCCAAAAUAGUACAAGUUGACGUCAUGUUGUGGACGAAGGGACUUCAUUGCAGGCCAGUCACAGACAAGAUAUUACGCUUUGUUGCUGAGCAAGCGGAGACGUGUGGGCUGAAACCACAACGCAGCCGUCAGCAGAUUCAACGCCAACAACGUCAGCGGCGUCCUCCUCUGGGUGGCCUUAUCAGAUACUGUCACGAUAGCGACAAUGACGUAUAUCGCCGACUAUAAUUAGAACUUGGUAUUUAUUUGUGUGUCGCAGCUAUUGUUGUAGAUGCAUGACGGCGGUCUUUAAGUAACAUCCUGUGAUUUACAUCAUGAGCAUCGAUCUACACAAUAGGUGACCCCUGCGGAUCCGACUUAGAAUUGAUCUUCAGCAACCCAUGCUUGUCGUAAGAGGCGACUUACGGGAUAGGGAGGUCAGGC